AUGAUUCUGGCUCAACAGAACCCAGCUCUUAUCUCUCGUACUAAUUGUGAAAGCACGACAGUCUGUACUACUUACAUAUCGAAGAGUGUCCUUGCCUGCGAACACACUGCGGUGAUGUGGCAAAUGCUCGUUGCCAGCUUUGUGUGGGGCAUUCUUGUAUGCGCAGCCAAAGAAUGUGAAGAAGCUUGGAUGCUCCAGACAUCUGAGAGGCUUUUGGCCCCGCUGGGUGCCAAAGGGCCCAGUUUACAGGUGAAAGUCGAGGCUAAUCCUACCAUGGCCGCUGAGGGAGGCAGUCAGGGUCCUCACAUUCACACAUUCCAUGCAGAACAUUAUCUUGUGCAAAAUCAAGGCAGCUUUUCAUUUUGGCAUUUAUCGGGUUUGAACGCAGAAGCGUCCAAAAAAGUUCCAGUGAAUGUUCAGAUCUUCGCGCACUACUCGGGUCAUAAUUCCUAUCUGAAUGGUCUUCUGGUGGUGAACUCGGAUGAGGGUCGACAGCCCACUGCUCUCGAGAUGACAUCGGAGGACUGCAGGUGGCGCGCCCGGAUUGGCAGUGACUGGCACUACGUUGAUGGGCCUGAGCAUCUUUCAGCCUUUCGCCUGGCUGGCGACCGCCAGUUGCGUGUGGAGAUGUUGACCCAAAAAGAAGUGUUGAAGGUGGCUCAUCUCUAUACCAUGUGCAAGCCAGGUCAUCAUAUCAACGUGAAGGUCAUCAUGUUCUCUCAGGAGCACGUGAGUCUUGUGCAAGGCCAACUUAGUAGGCGCCAUGCAACGAAGCCUACGGUAGCCAUGGUCAGCGAUAUAGAACAAAGAGUGAGGGACCAAGAAUUCCUGAUGAACAAGAGCUGGACCGAACUUGGAGGUACUUUCGGUGCUUCUGCCUACUUGAAUCAGGUGAAUGAAUAUCCCAGUGCCUUUCUGAAAAGCUGCAGCGCGGAAGAUGAGACCAAAGCAAGGCGAACUUGUUCCAAAUUCUUGGGUCAGCAAGAUCCAAGGCCGGAUCCAAAGGAGAUCAUGUUCAAGGAACAUUUCGCUCAGUUUCAACGAAUUUUCCAGGACUGCAUCUUUGACGUAUGCCUUGGUGGUGGUGAAAUCGCUGCUGAAUUGGCAGCAGAAUAUGUACGAACGCCUUUUGGUGAUCGAUCCGCCAAGUGA